UCUCGCGAUAGCAUGAGAAGUGUGACGCGCUCGCGGCGACUCGGGUCGGUGAACGUCCGUGGCAAGCCGUUGUUCCGAAAGUUAAGGAUAAGUUCGCCUUUUCCGGAGUUACCCGCAGACGGCUUCGGUGCUCCGUGAUUUUAGCUUGCCAGUUGUUGUCACCGCGUACUUUUGUUGGAUUAUUUUUUGUGGUUUUUGCUCAAAUUUAGUUACCAACGAUGAGCUUCCUAUUUGGCAGCCGCUCGUCGAAGACCUUCAAACCCAAGAAGAACAUUCCUGAAGGCUCCCACCAAUAUGAGCUUCUAAAGCAUGCUGAGGCCACGUUGGGCAGUGGGAACCUCCGCCAAGCAGUCAUGUUACCUGAGGGGGAGGACCUUAAUGAGUGGAUUGCUGUGAACACUGUAGACUUCUUCAACCAGAUCAACAUGCUGUAUGGCACCAUCACAGAGUUCUGCACCGAGAGCAGCUGUGCCGUGAUGUCUGCCGGGCCCCGGUAUGAGUAUCACUGGGCUGAUGGCACGAAUAUUAAGAAACCUAUUAAGUGUUCUGCCCCAAAGUACAUCGACUACCUCAUGUCCUGGGUGCAGGAUCAGCUGGAUGACGAGACUCUCUUCCCAUCCAAGAUUGGUGUUCCUUUCCCCAAGAACUUCAUGUCUGUGGCCAAAACCAUCCUGAAGCGCCUCUUUCGGGUCUAUGCUCACAUCUACCACCAGCACUUUGACUCCGUCAUUCAGCUUCAGGAGGAAGCCCACCUGAACACCUCCUUCAAACAUUUCAUCUUCUUUGUGCAGGAGUUCAACCUGAUUGACCGGCGAGAGUUGGCUCCCCUACAGGACCUGAUAGAGAAGCUGGGUUCUAAGGACAGAUAGACCUUCUCACUCAGCCUAAGCAACUUUUUCUCUCACUCUCGUUGCCUCAGAAAAGCCAGAUAAUCUCACUUUUUUGCCCCUUUCCAUUCGGCCUCUGGUUGAGCAAUCUAUCCUUAUUCCUAAAUGCACAUAACUCCAUAUCCCCUUGCCUGUUUUUACAACAGCAUCUGUCUGUAUCAACCUCAUAUCUAAUGAAUUUCUUGGACAAUCCAGACAAUCCAGCACAUUUAAUUUUUUUGAGUCAGCAAAAUUCUUUUCAGGAGUUUUGGAGAGUGAUUUCCCCCCUUUUUAGAAUUGUAUUUCAUAUCAAGAUUUUAGUACAUGAAAUUCUUUAAAUUGUCAUAUAUAU